UAUGAAAGAUUAGUUACGCAAGUAAACUAUUAGUCCUGAACCAGAAAAAUAAAAAUCAUAAAAUUUUCAUAGAAGAUUUACAAGUUCAUAGAUUGAAAGUGCAGGAAAAAAUCAAUAAUCCUAAAAGAGUUUAACUAAUAAAAUUUAAAGUAUGACACUUUGAUCAAUUGUAGUGCAUGGUUUAUAAUAAUUGCUUAAGAUGGGCCCACAUAAUAAAGUACUUCAAUCUAAAGUUUACUCAUAGAUGCUUAUACAUGAGAGCUUUUCUUAAUAAUAUUUAAAAGACUUGAGUGCAGCUUAUACUCCAAAUCAAUAAGUAACCAUCUAAUAGAACUUUUUUAAAAAAGCAACACUAUCUUAAAACUCAACAAUGUCAGGUAGCAUAAAACCUAGAAUGAGAAGUGCAAAUAAAGAAACAAUUAAAAAGAGAUCACAAAUUGAAACUACAUAAUUACUGUCAAACAGAGAAAAGGAUAGAUAAACCAUUACCUAAUUGUAAGAAAUUCUUUAAAGAACAAAUUCGUUGUUACAGCAAUAUCAAAAUGAAAUAUCUAGACAUAUUAAAGAAAAAGAGGAUUUAGUUAAUAUCAUCCAAUAGUUGCAAAAACUCUGA